AUGACCACAAAUUCUACCUACCGUCCAUUCCUGAUCCUAGGCGGAACCGGGACCGUCGGUAGCCGUGUUACCCACCACCUGCGGAAGGAGGGCCAUCCAGCCCUCAUUGCCUCUCGAUCGGCGAAGGGGAAUGGUGAAGGUCCCCUCGCUGCGAAGGGCGCGGUCUACUUCGACUGGUAUGAUGAGUCCACAUAUUUGAAUGCAUUCAACCACCCCCUCGCCGUCGGCUGCGGCGGGAUCCGGGGAAUUUUCAUCGUCGCGCCGCCAUCGACAAAUAUGGCCCCUGCCAUCCAGGCAUUCAUCGAUCUCGCAAAAGGGAAAGGGGUCCGUAGGUUUGUGUUCGUGAGCGCCAGCUCCGUGUCCAUGGGUGACGAGGUCCUCGGAGGACUGGUCCACAAGUAUCUAUAUGAGUUAGGUUCCGCAGGCGAGAUCGAAUGGGCUGUUUUGAGACCGUGCUGGUUUAUGGAAAAUUUUAUCACACAGCGUGAACGGGUGGAUUUCUCCCCAGAGGGCGGCGUUAUAUACUCGGCCACGGGCGAGGGACGCAUUCCUUUUGUUUCAGCGGACGACGUAGCCGAGUGCGCUGCGUGUCUCCUCUUAGACCCGGAUCCGCCGAAUUCCGACUUCCUCAUCCUAGGACCAGAGGCACUAUCGUAUGGAGAUGCAGCAAAGAUUUUGUCCGAGGUCCUACAAAAGCCAGUGAUUCACAAAGACCUCACAGUUUUCGAAAUGGAAGCCAGGCUUCGGUCCUUUGGAAUUUCGGAGGAUUAUGCCAAAAUUCUGGGCGCCAUGGAGACGAAUGUCAAACAUGGCUCCGAGGACAGAAUGGACGACAGCGUGCUUGCAAUAACGGGGAAACGCCCCAAGACACUUCGAGAAUGGGCCGAGGAGUACAAAGCAGCACUGCUGGAGACCUGA